CCUUGAGGUUGGUUGCGACUCGAUACUCAGCCAUGCUGAUAGUCUCGAACCUCAAACAUCAAGACUGAUAUACUGUGGCUCCUCAGAUCAUGGACUCGAAGAUGGAUAGUGGCUACUUGGGCCCCGGAGAGAAUCACGCACAGGCCCUUGAAGACGACUUCGACUUGAUGCGGGAGCUGGCUCCGGAAGAGGUUCUGGGGAUUAUGGACGAGUUGUUGUGUCACGAGAUGGCAUGGCAUAUGGGUCACCCCCUUUCCCAGACCCUUUUCACUUCUAUAUACCUCGAUAGGCUGCUAUGGCCCGUACCGAAAACCCUCGAAAACGCGCAUUUUGGCCGGGGACAGUCGCAAAGCAACAAGAAGGUUCCUGAUAUAGUGCAUGUUGUCCUGCGUGCUUACUGCCUCGCGCUUGUGAAGUGUUGCGAUUUUGUACAUGCGCGAGUCACCACUGAGUACUAUUUUGAGGUAGGUGUUGCCGUGCUCUGCUGGUUGAACAUGGUUCUGACUCAUAGUUUGCUUUCCUUCAAGGAGGAGGACUUCGUCACUCAAUUGUAUAAUCGCACUCUACUAUCACAAUUCGACUCCAAACAUUUUCAUGAUCUUUUGGACCACGCGAUUCGCUGGGUUGACGAACACACGGAUACGCUCGGUGAGAAGGUGGCGGAAGCCAUUCGGGCUCGCUUGCUCUUCCGACGAGAGUUUCUCUGGGGACUGGAGCAGGAUGUGGAAGUGAUAGAGACACGAUCGACAGCGCAGUUUCUGAGCUGUCUAUCUCAUCUGGACUUUCUAGGCAAGUCAGCUGUCCUAGGGAAAGAGGUGCCUGAAUCCUUCAGUUGCAAAAUCCAACGGAAGCUGGCUAGCACUGUUCCUCCUCGUCCAAUGGUCAAGAUUAGCUUUGAGGAUGCGCUGGCGCAUUUGAGAAGAUUAUGCCAGGAUGCUGUUGAUUUGCUCGAGAUUCUUGACUACCGAGGGCCGUAUAAUUUGAAGGUGGUCAUCUGGACUCUGCUUUCGCGAAAGCCUCAGCCUUCCGUCUAUAUAAGAUCUCUUGUUCAGUCCCUUAUCGUCAGCAACAGGACGAUACUUGGAGCGGUUCCCGUGAAGCAGUUCCUCUAUGACGAACUGGAACAGAUCGUUCUUCCGUCUAGUAUACUUCUGCAAGCCAGUGCGGAUGAGAUCGAAGUGCCUUCGGAUCCACGAUUCCAGAUAGCGCAGCACAUGGAUGUCUUCACGAAACGUUUCUCCCAGCCGUUUGUUGAUACGUUCCGGAGUGCCUGCUUGAACCGCUGUCGUAUCCGACGGACUGUCUGUCAUACACUUGUUGACUGGGACAAUUUGCAAAUGGAAGCCGAAGAUCUUGACGAGCAGCUUCGCACAUUGAGCAAUGAGCCCCCUUUGCAGCUAGCCAAUGGCGAUACCACUUACUCCUACCCCCUCAGCAGCUGGGCGUAUCAUCAUAAAUUGAGCCAAUUCCGUCUGAUCUUACAGCUCGGAUUCGAGCUCUCUAUUUACGCGCCUGAAGAACUACCUGGCAUGUAUUGGUACCUGUCCCACAUUUGCUCUACCCACCUCGGUCACAUCGAUCGAAUCAGGACCUUUACUGUGGCCACGGCGAAACGCAAUUUGGCGGAUCUGGCGGCUAAGCAGCGCGAUGCCAUCGAGCGCCAUACCAUCCUCCAGCGGUCUAUUCAACUUCUUGAGAGGAUGACUACACAGAUUGUUGCUGUGGAUGCAUUUGCCAUUUCUUUGCACGCGCUAUACGUUCUUCUCGCUCGCCAUCGAGUCCUGCCAACCACUUCUUCACCCCAGGCCUACUCCAGCGACCGGUUAAGGUACGAGAUCCGCAUGAAGCCCUUCCUCCAGAUCACCUUACCGGAGCUGGUUCCUUACGACGAGUACCAUCGGGAGGCGGUACUAGAAGGUGACAGCGAUGAUAUCGUCUUAGAGCGUGCCGCUAAAGCCAUUUCGGAAGCACGAAAGGCUUGGGAAGCCACGCUGGCCAACGGUGCAUUCAUGCGCGAUUCCGAUGAGAGGGAUAGUCCCGCUCUCGCCAUCGAGGAAGACUGGAAGCGAGACAUUAAAGAUACCAUGCGGGCCUGUAUCGGUGCCAGUAUCGCGAUCGAAACCGUCAAAAAGGCCUUGAAAGCACAAGCGGAUUCGAGAAAACGCGAAGAACCCCAGGCGCCCCAGUCGGUUAAUCUUCGGGUCACAAUCCCGGAAGUCGGAUCCAAAGCCCGCUGGCAUGACUGGUGGGUUGUACCGCAGGUCUCCCCAGCGACCACGUCGGGGGCUUCCAAGACAUGACGGAACCGCACCUACUACCAGGAUGGUCCUUGUCAGCCAUGCGUCCCGACAGGCCGGAUCUGCUUGAUCUGAACCCCACUCCGCAGGGUUCAGACCGUCUCCUUAGGCCGAA